UACUGGUGGCCCCUGCCCUCUGACCUGUGCCCUAUCUGGAUCUACCUGGAUGUGCUGUUCUCCACAGCCUCCAUCAUGCACUUGUGUGCCAUCUCUCUGGACCGCUACAUCGCCAUCAGGAACCCCCUCCACCACAGCCGCUUCAACUCCCAAACCAAGGCCCGCCUCAAGAUCAUGGCUGUCUGGACCAUCUCUGUGGGUAAGGGGCAGGAAGAAAAGCCUGCACAAGUAUAUGCUACUCCCUUGAGAGAGAGAGAGAGAGAGAGAGAGAGAGAGAGAGAGAGAGAGAGAGAUCAUAUGCGAGAGAGAAAGAGAUCAUGAGAGAAAGAGAGAUCAUAUGAAAGAGAUCAUGAGAGAGAGAGAUCAUGAAUAUGAGAGAGAGGUCAUAUGAGAGAUAGAUAAUGAGAGAGAUCACGAGAGAGAUCAUGAGAGAAAGAAAGAUCAUAUGAGAGAGAUCAUGAGAGAGAUCAUGAGAGAAAGAGAGAUCAUAUGAGAGAGGUCAUAUGCGAGAGAGAAAGAGAUCAUGAGAGAGAGAGAGAGAGAGAGAGAGAGAGAGAGAGAGAGAGAGAGAGAGAGAGAGAGAGAGAGAGAGAGAGAUCAUAUGCGAGAGAGAAAGAGAUCAUGAGAGAAAGAGAGAUCAUAUGAAAAUCUAUGAAUAUGAGAGAGAGGUCAUAUGAGAGAUAGUAAUGAGAGAGAUCACGAGAGAGAUCAUGAGAGAAAGAAAAGAUCAUAUGAGAGAGAUCAUGCGAGAAAAGAGAGAUCAUAUGAGAGGGUCAUAUGCGAGAGAGAAAGAGAUCAUGAGAGGAGUGGGAGAGAGAGAGAGAUAUGGAGAGAGAGAGAGAGAGAGAGAGAGAGAGAGAGAGAGUACAGAGCGAGAGAGAGAGAGAGAGAGAGAGAGAGAGAGAGAGAGAGAGAGAGAGAGAGAGAGAGAAAGAGACCUUGUGUGUGUAUUUGUUAUUAUAAAGUGUGGUCAUGGGGGGGGGGGGUAUAUUUAGAAACGAGUCUUUGUAAAAUGCCAGAAACAAGUCUUUGUAAAACGCCCCCACAUUGUACCGUUGGAUAGGGGCAAGGCACCAGGCGCCAUGGGGAGAGAGCGAAAGAGGGAGGGAGGCAGUGAAUGAGGGAAUGAAAGAAGGAGAAUGACUCGUAAGCAGCUGUCAUUUCAGUUUCAAGGUCUAUAUUAUUUAGUGUAAAAGCCAAGGCGACUGAACAAUCAGAACUUUAUAAUGGCCUAGUUGAUAUCCAGCUGAUCAAGUAAAUGGCCUAGCAUGAAAAGGAAAUGAUUGCGCCACUAAUGCAGUCUGGUACAUCAAGCCGUCAGACUUAGCUCCAUACAGAACAGUACAUGUGUCAUUUAUGCUGAGUGAGAGCCAGCACACCCAACUAUUUAUGUCUCGAAGUUGAAGCUGCUGCUAAAAUGAGACAUGCCCUGCUGUAGGCAAAUAACCAGACGUAAAUGUGUUUAUAAUUUAAGAUUAUUAGAGGGUCGAUCAGAUCUCAUCAUAAAAACAGCCUGUCAGACUUGUGUGGCUCCUUUCCAUUGCUUCAAACCAAUGUCUCAAUACCACCACCAAUGAUCCAGUCAUGCUAGUUAAUACCACCACUAAUGAUCCAGUCAUGCUGUGUAGAGACCCAGGUAUGCAGGGAGAGACAUUGUCAUAUAGAACCAGGGAAGCAGAAAGAGACAUCACACAACUUGGGGAGGAAUUAACUCCUGAUAUGACUCACCAAUCCACAGGUUCCAGGCCCUAGGCGUAAAGCUAGCAUAUGAUACGCUGCUGCCUGCAAAUUAAAUAAGAUUAUGUCACUAGUGCUUAUCUUCAUGUUAUGUAUCAUCCCCCUCUCCUCUCAUCCUCAUCCCCCUCUCCUCUCAUCCAUCUGUACACGAGAGAGAGAGAGAGCGCGAGGAGAGAGAGAGAGAAGCUUAAGUUUAGCUGAUGGUACACAGAACUGAGAUGAUGUAUGCUGUUAAACAAACCUUGGAACACAGUGCUGCUACUGCCCAGCCUAUUGUACAAGACUCCUACCACAGGGAAAGAUCGCUGAAGACCAUACAAAAUCCCACCCAUACACAGAACACAUGUACACACCUCAUCCUGUACAAUGAAUGUGUGCACUCAUGUACACACAUUGUUAGUGCGCAAAGUCACACACUCACACCGACACACACCUCAAACCGCCAUGACCAAGGAAAGUUCCUGGGCCAUGAUCAGGAUGUAAUAAACAUUUCAUAUCAACCAAUAAUUUUUGUAAGACCGCAUAGCUCAAUUAAAUAAUAAUACUCUUUGGUUUUUGUAACCAGCAGUCUUCUCUUUCCAUUGAAUCAUUGAAUCCUACAUCUUCCUGUAUUUUUGUCAUGUUGUGAUGUGUCUCAGUGCUGACAGACAGAGGAUGGAGGUCUUCCCCAGAGCUAUAUCUCUCUCUUCAGAAACACUGGGGAAUAGUUUCCUAGAGCAAAGAAACACACAAUUACCAAAGACGUAACAAUGUACACGUUGGCAUCAGCAGUUCAAUGUCAAUGUAAAUGCCUCAGAAAGAUUUUGUGCAAACAUGGAGGGAUAAUUAGCUGAGCUGUGUUUAUUGGAGUACGAGCAAAUUGCUCCUACAGAGCAGAGAUACUUACCUAAGGUCAGUUUAGCAUUUCCUCUUCCUGAGGUUAAGCGCAAGUUUUGGGAAGGAUGAACUGAUCCUAGGUCUGUGUCUAGUGUGAUCUCCAACCCGGAGCUCUGUGUAUCUGUGGCUCUGGUGUUGAUGUGUUAGUGUGGAAACAUGGCAGAGAUGGUUGAGAUGUCUGGAUCAGGUAUGUGUUCUUUGGCCUGUCUCCAACUGCUGGGCCAGGGGGUGCUGCUGCUGCUCUGCUUUACAGAAACCACUGAACACACACCCAGGGCAACGUGAAGCUAGUCCAAACAACCUAUAAUACUAAGGAAGAAUGAAGUAAAGAUACAGGAACAUAAACAAAGGAUUACAUGAAGAAAUGUUGGACUUGAGUCAUAUGAUUGAUUCAGGGUUCCAUGGCCAUCUGGAUAGCAAAAGAUUGUCUUGACUAUUUCAACUGCUUUCACAUCCCAACCCACACACAAGAAGAAAUCUCUUUCUGAACUUGCUAAUGCUCUUGACGAAAUUGCAUUUCAAGUUUCAAGUUGGUCUUGGUUCAACCUUUAAAGCUGCCCUGGAUUUCAACAAAACCAGUAGAUACAGACAAACAAACUAUUUUUCUAAGCCAGCCAAAUAUAGUGGUUAAGAAAAUAUCAACUCAAAGAAAAACUCCACCUUUCUCUCUCCAAGCCCCUCUAUCUUUAGAGGAAGGAGAUUGUCAGGGGGAAGAGAAACAGACAAAACGUAUAUUUAAUUUCUGAAUUCUGCAGGCGUGUUGAUUGAUGUUUGAUUGACAGUUCUGUAGUAAAAUGUUGAUAAAACGAGGGACUAUUUAAUUCCUUCAGAUCAAGAUGCCAGACCAGACAGAACUGGGGAAAUAGGCUAAUGUCCUUGCAAAUUUGAGGUCAUAAAUCAUUGAAUCUGUACCCAAGCCUAAAGUGAUGUGAUCUUAAUUGGAGCUGGUUCUGGCAACCUUCCCCGUCUAUUUUCCUGCUCUAAGCCCCAAAAUGGCCGACAGUGUCAGGCCAGUUGCACUCCCUCCCUGAGGUUAUUAGUCUUUGCCUCUCACUGUGUUGCAAUGGGGAUGAAACCCAUAGUGAAUGGCUCCAGAUGCUUCUGUCCCUCUCCCUCACAAAUCCAGUUAUUGGCCACUAAUGACACUAAUGCUGGGUCUGUGAGGGGAAAUGGCAGGGUUUAUCUGUCCUGGUGGGCACACAAUAUUGAUAUGAGGACUAUUGCAUUAUUGAUGCAAGAGGAUCCUGCCCUGGUGGAUUGAUUUACGGUGGGAAUGAGCAACAGGUGUGCUAUGCCUGUAGAACGAUGUGUACAUUAUAGAUGUGUACAUUAUAGAGCCAGACAUUUUGAUAUUACUGGCACAAUCUUGAAGCACCACAGUGCUAUUUACCGUUUAGGCAGAGACAAGCUGUACAAAAUUGCUUUUACUUUUUCAAUUUGAAAUCUUAAAUAAGAGGUGACACACACACGCAUGCACCCACCCACCCACCCACACACACACUAAACUAACCUCUCUCUCCUCUGUCUUUCUGUAGGUAUCUCCAUGCCCAUCCCCGUCCUAGGCCUGCGGGACCACACCAAGGUGUUUAAAGAUGGCAGCUGCCUGCUGACAGAUGACAGUUUUGUCCUGGUGGGCUCCUUCGUGGCCUUCUUCAUCCCCCUCACCAUCAUGGUGGUCACCUACUUCCUCACCAUCAGCGCCCUGCAGAACGAGGCUACCCUCUGUCUGGACCAGCUGGUGCCCCGGCCCAAGAGGAUCGCCACCCUGACCCUGGGCUUCCUCCCGCAGGGCUCACUCUCCUCAGAGAAGCUCUUCUUCAGGCGUUCGCUCAGCCGUGACACGGGAGGGGUAGGAGGAGGGGUCGGCGGGGCCGGGGUGGACCCGCGGUACGGGCGUCGCACCAUGCAGUCAAUCAGCAACGAGCAGAAGGCCUCCAAGGUCCUGGGCAUGGUCUUCUUCCUGUUCGUGGUCAUGUGGUGUCCCUUCUUCAUCACCAAUGUUCUGGCGGUGGUGUGCGACCCUGUGAACUGUGAUCCGGGGGUGAUGGGGGGGCUGCUGAAUGUGUUUGUGUGGGUGGGAUACCUCUCCUCAGCCGUCAACCCUCUGGUGUACACUCUGUUCAACAAGACGUACCGUGCAGCCUUCUCCCGCUACAUACGCUGCCAGUACAGCCCGGAGAGGAAGCCUCUGCAGCUCAUACUGGUUAACACCAUCCCUCCGCUGGCCUACAACUCCACCCACCUGCCCCUGGAGGAAAUGGGGUCCCUCAGGAAUGGGGUCCACAGCAGUGGAGGACCCAGGGACUCCCUACGAAAUCUUGUGAAGACCAAAUCAAACUCAGACAAAGACAAGGCAACCAGGGACAAAGAUGAGAGCAUCAGCUGUGUGUGA